UAAAGAACGUGGUGACGUCUUUGCUGCUCGGUGAGUAUUAUGGGCUGUCUGGAAUUCUGAACCGAGUGGGGAGAGAGAAAAAAUAUCCAUCCAGCAAGCAAGCAAGCUGCGUACCAAACUAACGGUGGGAAGAAGACGUAAACAUGGAACUGUCUGCGGUUGGUGAACGGGUAUUUGCUGCAGAAUCUAUCAUCAAACGGAGAAUCCGACGAGGUCGAAUGGAGUACCUCGUGAAAUGGAAGGGCUGGUCGCCGAAAUACAGCACCUGGGAACCAGAAGAAAACAUUUUGGAUUCACGUCUCUUCGUCGCUUUUGAAGAACGAGAACGCGAGAGGGAGCUUUACGGGCCAAAAAAGCGUGGACCCAAACCCAAGACAUUUCUUCUUCGGGCCCAAGCCAAGGAAAAGGCCAAAAGCUAUGAGUUCCGCAGCGAGACCACCAGCCGCUCCCCCAUGGCCGUGUCCUACCCCAGCCCCGAGCCUGUGAUCACCCCCCGGGCACGGGAGGGUCUGCGGGCCGUGGUGCCCACCAUCUUCCCCCCGAGCACUGUCAACCGGGGGGAGAGCGUCCGCGUCCGACCCCCUGAGCCCCAGCACCGGCUGCCCUCACCUCCUCCUCCUCCUCCCCCGUCCUCCGCACUCUCGCGGACCAUGGGUGACCCUUUCCAGCAGCGGAUCCCCAAGAAGAGGGGGCCCAAGCCCAAGCUGCGCUUCAAAGACGGCCUGCUGUGUGCUGCUGGUCCUCUUUCCCGGGAGAGCAGAAGCCAAGAGCCAUUGGGGUACAGCAGCAGCAGCAUCAGCAGCCCUUCCAAGCUGUUGAAACCCAGCAUCCUGGGUGAGAGUCUAGAGCGGGACUCAGAUGGGAGGAUGAUGAAGCUGGGUCACCACGGUCACCACCACAACCACCACCCACACCGGCCGUUCCACAGCGCAACAUGCUACCCUACCAAAAGCCAGAUGAGGCUGGGGUCAGGAGGUGGCACCAAGCCCCCACACCACCACCACCACCAUCAUAAUCACCACCACCACCACAGUAGUAUGAACUCCCACUCCCACCCACAGCGAUCGGGCCUAGACGGACACGGUCACCACAGGACUAAAAGCUACCUGCUCCACCACCACCACAGCCCUCUGCACUUGAAGCACUUGGCACAUUCUAGCAACCCCUUCCAGAAGAAGAAGAAAAAGAAGAGGGAGGAGGAUGCCCCCCUGUUUCCCCAACCUCCGGCAGCAGGGACGACUCUGUGCCAGCCAGGCCUCCUGGCCAAAGUGCCCGCGGUUCCUCCACAGGUCCCGGGUCAGACGGAGGAGGACCUCUCCUCCUGGAGGCCACCGUUGGGCAACCUGGAGAAAGUGGUGGUCACGGACGUCACAACAAACUUCUUGACAGUCACCAUCAAGGAGAGCACCACAGACAAGGGAUUUUUUAAGGAGAAAAGAUGAUUUGAUUUGUGCCCUGACACUUUUGAAACCAGAGCGUGGUCAUGAGUUUAAUUUUCAAAAAGUUCUUUAUGAGUGUUCUUUGUUAUUCUCAAAUUUUAUACAUGUGUGUAUAUAUGUAUUAAAAAAAAGUUUACCAGUUGUAUGUGUUUGUUUAUAACUCCUGUAUAUGUACAUGUAGUGGACUUGAGUAAUUGAAUCAAUUGAAUUCAUGUACAAUCUGUUCAAAUAAGA